AUGCCUUCUGCAUCCACGCCCGCCCGGAAGCGAGCCAAGCUCGCCGAGGCAUCACUGGCCGAUGCAGAAGCCUCGGGCUCUGAAAGCCCCGCUCCACGCAGCCGGCGCAAGGCGGCAGCACAGGCGCUUGCAGGCAUCCAUGCUGCAUCCACUGCGCAAACACAAGACGAGGCGACCGACGAGAGCGCAUCGCCCCGACCUGCGACCCCUGUCAAGACGCCAGGCAGUGCAAGGCGCAAGGGCAGAGCGAAAGCAGACGACGACUACGACGACGCCGACGGAAGUGCAUCUUCCCGAAGUGCGAUGCCUGCCAAGACGCCGCGCAAGGGCAAAGCGAAAGCGAACGAAGACGACUAUGACGACUCUGCCGACGAUGCGGUCGAGGCGGGCGGCAAAGACCCCGACCUGGAGAUCUACAGCCAGCACGGCGCGCUGAGUACGCUGCUGCGGGCACAGCUCAAGACGAACCGCGCGCGCUCGCUGCGUCCGCUCUGGAUGCAGGGUGUUUAUCAGCCGCCGUUCUUCGGUGUACCCCCUCCGGAUCUCUCGUCGUCCGUGCACGAUGUAGACGGCGAUGCACAGCCGCAAGAAGUGCGCAGCCGCGAGGAUGCGCUGCCGUGGCCUCGCGACGGGCUAGCCAAGACCGCGCUCGACCCGCUCGCGUACCCGGUGAUCAAGAAGGGCCUCGUGAGCUUCUGGACGAGCCAGCCGGGCUGGGUGCCGCGCGAAGGCAUCUAUGACUGGGGCUGGUAUCCCGGCAAGGCGGUCGGGUAUGCGCAGAGCCAGGAGAGGGCCGAGUGGGCCGCACGCGCGCGCGAGCAACUCCGACGCGGUGCUGGCGCGACGGAUGAGGUGAGGCUGGGCGAGCGCGCAGGCUGGCCGUUCGUUCAGCCGUGGCUGGAUGUGCAGCGAGAGGUGCUGUCCAAAGAGGCGGCGGCGCGGUUUGUUCGCGACACGCACACGCCGCAGCGCGCACCGCUGCACCACCCAACGACCGUGAUGAAGCUCACGGUGCCCGAGCUGAGCAUGCGCACGCGACUCAAGCAGCCGCCCAAGGUCAAGACCGAGGCGGCGGACGACGACGACGACGACGUCGAAGACGGAAGCGUGCUGGAUGCGAAUCAGCAGCCGGUCGACGUGGCCGACGCAAAGUUCGGCGGGAUCGCCAAUCUGGGCUUCAAAGAGGCGGGGCCGGUGUGCGGCGAGGUGCUCGAGGUGUGCAUGGGAGCCGCGGGCCGCGAGACACCCGUGCGCAUCGAGAGCGGCACCGCACGCCGGCUCGAUGCGCUCGGCGUGGUGCCUGACGAGGGACAUGUGCUCAACGCUGGUGGACACGUGUAUGCGCUCGCGUGGGCGCCGGUUCCUGUGCACCUCAACUGCGGCCGCGAGUUCCUGGUCGUUUCCGCCUUUGCAGGCGCACCGCUCACGUACAUCGGCGACAAGCAGCCCGCGUGCGCAGCAAGUCUGCAGCUCUGGAGUGUGUCGCCCGACACCGAGCAGGCCAAGGGCAUAGCACGGUUCGAGAUGGUGCUGUGCCAUGAGGCGGGGGCUGCCUUUAAGCUCGCCUGGUGUCCGGUGGGGCACGACUAUUCGCACGGCGCGCACGGGGGCAGCAGGCUGGGGCUGUUGGCGGGCUGUUUCGCCGACGGCAGCGUGUCGGUGUUCAGCGUGCCGCAUCCCGACAGCUUUCAGCGCGGGGAGGGGCCGGUACAUGUGCGUCUGGAGCCGGUGCUGCGGCUCGAGCAUGCGCAGCAGGCGGCUACGAGCCUGGCAUGGGCGGGAGGCGAGCUUCUGGCGCUCGGCGGCGCGCGCGGGUGGAUUGGCGUGUGGAACGUGGGACGAAUCCUGCGUUGCUCCACGCGGCCCGGUAGGUGUAUGCCGGACUACGGCGUGCGUGCGCAUCGCUCAGCGGUGAUGGACAUGGCAUUUGUGCUGAUGCCGCCGGUGGAUGCCGACGGGCGCGCACAGACGGAUGGGCUGCCCAUGACGCUGUUUACGGUCGGGGCGGAUGGACGGACUGCGCUCGUGGAUCUUUGCCGCACGUCGGCGGUGGCACUGGAGCGAUCGCGCACCGUGCACCACGCAUGUGCCUGGGCGCCCUUCACGUCUUCUCUGGUGCACGAACACGCCGACGGGUCGGUGAACCACUACAGCAUGCGGCCCGAAGAGAUGCUGCGCUCGCGACUCGUCUCCAACACUCCUGCGCGCGUCACGUCACUGGCCGCAUCGACCUUGCACCCCGUCGUGGCGAUCGGGAGUGCACAUGGAGAAGUCAAGCUCGCCAACACGCUGCGCACACUGAGGCGCACAGUGCGCGUGCACACACCCGUGUACCAGAUGGUCCUUGACCGGUCGACGGGCAGACUCGUCGUGAGGCACCAUCUUGUGCCAGAGCUGGCUAAUGCCGCAGAGGGCAAGAAGUGGCAUAUCGCUCAGUGGCAUCCGUGUCUCGCCGUGACCGCGGUGCAGUGGAACCCCAAUAUCGGCCGCGCAGGGCUGCUCGCAUCAGGCACGGCGGUGGGCAUGGUUAAGAUCGAUUUCACAGCACCACCAAUGUGA